AUAUAAAUGCCCACAUCGUCCAAAACUUGGUUCCCGGUGAUGAUGACAUCGCGCCUUUGGUUCCUGAAAUGUCAGUGAUGGCUUUACUCAGGCUUCAUAAGAAACGGUAGGUAGGUCGGGAGCUGAAUUACAAUCUCUCCCCCUCGAAGAACGCCACCAGCACUACAUCCCUGCCAUGAAGUCCACGCAGUAUUGUCAGGUCUUGAUACUGAACCUGUCGCUCACAGCAAUCGCAGGCUCUCCCUCGCUCUACGAUACCUACAACUUCAACCCUCUGGAACAUUUGGCUGGCAUUGCUCCAUACUUUGAGCCGAACGAUCCUCCUCGAAAUCCCAGUCCUCCAGAAGGCUGCUCUGUUACAAAGGCGGCAUAUCUUGUCCGGCAUGCUGCUAUUAAUGCGAACGACUUCGACUAUGAGACAUACAUCGAGCCUUUCCUUUCCAAGCUGAAAAAUCAUACAAACAUCAACUGGGGCAAUCUCCCUGCCCUGGCCUUUCUUUCGACGUGGGCACCCCCGUCGUUCGCAGAACAGGAACAUGUCACCAGAGUUGGCAAGCUGGAAGCCGCGCAGCUGGGUGUAGAAGUGUCGUUUCGAUACCCGAACUUCAGACCGCCUCGCAAUGUUUGGGCGUCGACCGCCGAGCGCACUGUCGUCUCUGCCGAAUCCUUCAUCCGUGGCUACGAAACUGCCGACAACAACAUCUCUUUGAUCCAGGUAUAUGAGAGUGAAGAGGGAGGAGCAAAUACCCUCACGCCCUACGAUAGUUGCCCUGUCUAUUCCUCGUCAGCCGGAAGCAAACAGUCCCAGCAAUACCUUUCCAAGUGGACCAAGCCAUACCUAUCUCGCCUAAACCAGGUCUUUUCGAGCUUCAAUUUUACCGCCAACGACAUAGUAGGUAUGAUGGAGCUGUGUGGCUAUGAGACCGUCAUUCGGGGAUCAUCUCCAUUUUGUUCGCUUGAUCUUUUCCCGCCAGACGCUUGGCUCAGCUUCGAAUAUACUAACGAUAUCAUGUACUUUUACAAUACUGGUUAUGGACAGCCCACGAGUGGUUACAUUGGCUUUCCCUGGGUGAAUGCAACCAUGAACCUCCUCAGUUCCAACGGCUCGUCCAGCUCCCAGGAUCUCUAUGUCAGCUUCACUCACCGGGAGUUCCCUCCAACGGUUCUCGUCGCAAUGGGUCUUUUCAACAAUACCGAGUUUGUUGGAGGAAAUCCGAACAGCAGUAUGCCACUUGACCGCAUCAAUUACAAUCGAGCUUGGGUGUCAUCUUACAUUCUGCCAUUCUUGACCAAUGUUGCUAUCGAGCGGAUGAACUGCUCGGCUAGAGCGAGUACGUAUGGUGACGGAGGCAGUUCGCCGUAUUAUCGUGUCCUUGUGAACGACUCUCCACAGACAUUGCCCGGGUGUAAUGAUGGUCCUCACGAAAGCUGCAGCUCAGACGGGUUGUCAAACUGGCUGGCUGACCGGGAGGCAAUGUUUCAGGGCUAUUCGGCGGCGUGCAAUACCAGCUCUGAUUACAAGAACUCGACGGAUACGGUGACGUUCUAUCAGAAUAGCGGGAAUGGAACUUCCGUUGGUUGAUGCAUGAAGUGUGUUACCGUUCAGAUGUAUGCGCUUGCUGAACAAGUAAGAAGAAUACUCAAACAGCUCAAGAAGAAGUAGCGG